AUGCUUUUUUCUGCAGAUCCCGGCCAAUUUGUGACUGAACUGACUCUUUGGCAGACGGGAGAGGCACUCAGCACAACCGGGAUGGUGACUUCCUCGACUCUUCAACCUCGAUCCCCUCCAAAGAAAAAAAAAAAGCUGCCCGGAGCGGAGAAGCCAAAGAACUGCCGUGGUGAAUCGUGGGCUGGCAGCAUCAGAGACAUCCACAGUGACAUAAGACACAUUCCAAGCAGCUUCCCAGUAACAACAAGCAGCGAAGAGCCAAGAAGAGGGGGAGGGAAAGGUUUGCUGCUUGGAACUUGGAAGAAGUGGCCCAUGGGAGAGCCAACGGCUGAGCGGCGAAUGGACCAAGAAGCGCCAUUUUCACCCCUGGCUUAUGCAGGAACGGGGGGCAAAUGCUGCAGGAACCGGCACCACGGCGCAACCUUGGAAACACCGGGCGCCAAGGAUACGUCGCUCGAUACGACCUCGUCUCUUGUGCCAGUCAGCGGCUGCAAGAAGUUGAUGCACGCACUGGCUGGCGAGGAAGGCACAGGUGGCAGCCGAUGCCGCGUUGCUGAGUGCAACAUGAAAGCCUUGACGUUUCGCUCGGGUCUCUUGCUGCAGAAAAAUCCCUCUCUUUUCGCCUCCAACACCAAGUCACUAUUCUCCAAUAUCGUCAUUAUUGCCUUGGCCCCCGCUCCCUCUCCUCCCUCGGGAGACGUCCCAAAUUAUCAAUGUCAGUCAACUAGAGCAAGACUGUCGCCGGACAUUGCCGCUCGGGAAAGCCCCUUCGUCGUCUCGCCUGCCCUUACGUGGCCCUCAAUGAGAAGCCUCGGAGCCAACGAUACUGACGAGGCCCUCAGGCUGAAUGGUCCUAGUUGGCAUGGCGAAUGGCUUCAGUGGGCAGGGCGGACCCUACGACGACUUUUCGUGUCCCACCCUGCAGCGCCCACCUCGCGCUUGGGGCAACCCGAAGGACUGAUGCCAUUGUCAUGGGGGAAUAGGCCCAAUCCAAGCCGACUACUCCGUAUUCGUGUGAGCACGAUAAGACCCGCGCUUUUGACCCGUUUCACCACUUUGGGCUGGCCCCACGUUGUCGUUAUGGAUCGCCAGGGAAAAUCGACCGCGCACCAAGUCCAGACUCUCAGCGCGGGAGAUGGAGUCGCCUCGGGGGAUUCCACGACUGUUCGACAGCGUCAGACCCGGGAGGGCCAGCAAUCCGGGCAAGCCAGACCCCAAGGCGCCGGCUGUGAAACCCUAAGCGAAAUGAGCUUCCGCCGCCACGGGGCACACGUCCAGCGAAUCCCAUCCAUCAGAGCACCAUUUCACUCCAACACGACGCCCAUUUUGGCCCUUUACUUCCACAUAGCCGAUGAGGCCAGCGGCCAGUCCUCCGGAUCAUCCAAAGCUUCCAGGGCUACACUGCGCCACGCCGAAGCUAGAGCCUCGGAAUGUCACCGGCUCCAUGACCCGGGACUGCCAUGCCGGCCGCUGUCCUCCAUCAGGGCAGUGAAUACCGUUCUGGACGCUCAGAUCAUUCGGACUCACUGGCAGUCUGCCAGGCUCACUGCUUCUUCAGAGGCUGAAGCCGACUUCCAUAGCACGCGACUCAGAGCCCCGGCCCGCGCAAGUUCUGCUCCUUUGACCGACCUCGAGGGUCGCCCAGUGAGCGAACGCAUUGCUUUCAUCCGAUGUCAAUCUUUAUUAAGGUUGAACUGUCUCAUGCGCGACGACAAGCGCAAAGAGGAUCCCUUCCUCAUACUGGAGUCUGGCGCGUUUCUUCCCGACAUAUGUCUUACGGUCUUACCUGCAGGAUUGGUUCAUUCCUGUUCAUAUGCUUGUCCUCCCACAUGUAACGGUGUUGGCUCAGCUGCAGUCGUUGACAUCUAUUCAAGUCAGCUCAAGGACGGCGGCGUGUCUAUCCGCAAUUAG